CCUAAUUCAAAACUUGAAGGAGGCGCUCUUGCACAGCAACGGUACUCUCUCUCUACACUUCUUCGACUCCAAAUUCUCUCUCUAUCUUUCUCUUGCUGCCGAACAUCACAAGAAAUAUGUCGUUGCUUCAGGGUAAACGAUUCGACUGAAAGAAAUCUGAAGAAUCUAUUCCGGACGCCUAGCAGUAUUAGCUAUAAAACAUAAUGGUCUCUGUCAAGGGAAAACUGAACAAAACUGCGAAUCGAGUCACAACGGAUCAUGGCACUAGCAAGAGCGAUGGAAUUAGAAAUUUCAAGGUCUAUGAAGAAAACGAUAAGGUUAAGGUUAAGGUUCAGCGAAGUGAAUCUGUUUAUCCUGAAUCCAAAAUGAAAUCUGUUCCGGUGGAAAAAGGGAUUACUCAGAUCAAUGCAAGUGAUUCAAAGGGCUGUCUCAAGAAUUUGGAUAAGAGUAAAGGCAAGCACGUGAAACCAAAUGUUGGUAGAAAAGUUUUGGCUGAUGUCAGCAAUGUCCAUGGCAACAUUUCAAGUAAUGAAGUGCAUGAUGGCUCCAAACCAGUGAAGGGUAAAAGUGAAAGGAUUACAUCUUUACAACGGGUCUUAGUGGGUCCAGGCAUUAGGAUUGCAAGUUCAACAUCAAGCAAGACUUUAGUGGGCAAGGUGAGGGCAAACCAAAGUCAAGCUGUUGGCCACAGUAAUACUUUAAAGAGAGUAGGUGUUAAAGAUUUCAAGGUCUCUUCUGAUGACCAACAGACCAAUGGUCAGGGCUAUAGAUCUGCUGAUACUGAUGGCAGGACAACUGCAAGGAAUCUUCUCCCACAGACCAGGAAGUCUUUACCAGUGUUAAAACGGGUUCACCAGAUGAAUACAACUGGCGUAAAGGAAAAUGCUGGUAAUUCAGAGAAGGAUAAAGGAAAAUAUGGAUUCCCUGUGAAGCCAAAAGUUGGCAGGAAAGUGGUACCACAAGCAAGCAAUGGGCGAAGUCAUCUUUGGAACAAUCGAGUUAGUGAUGGAUUUAUAAUAAUGGCUUCAAAAGGUCAAUCCAAGGAAACAUUGUCAAGAAAAUCUGUCAAGCCAUUUGUGAAAACCGCGGUCAUAGUUCCUAAUACUCGAAGGACUUCAAAAACCAAGUUGGUAUCUGAAGCUGCUAUGUCGUCCAAGAUAAAGGAAGAAGUGAUGACAUCUUCUCUUACUGGAAAUAUUGCAUCAAUUGUUCCACAUGAACAACCUGCACAAAGAGGGUUUCCUUCUGAUGGCAAAAGCAACAUUGGUACAGAUGUUACAGAUAUCGUUACCACGAGAAGAUCUGCCUGUAGGAAAUCUUAUACAUCUUUAUUAAUGGCAGGACCAAAGCUAUUGGAGGACCAUUGUGGAGUUAUGAAGCAGGAAAAUUUACCCAGUGUUUAUGAUGAUGGCAAUCACCUUGAAGUUGCUGAAUAUGUUGAUGACAUCUAUCAGUAUUAUUGGGUUAUGGAGGCACAGAGUCAAUCAUUGGCUAAUUAUAUGUCAAUUCAGACAGGCAUUACACCUCAAAUGCGGGGCAUACUGAUCAACUGGCUUAUUGAAGUACACUCAAAAUUUGAUUUGAUGCAAGAAACCCUUUAUCUCAGUGUCACAUUGUUAGAUCGAUAUCUAUCCCUGGCUGUAAUUAAUAAGAAUGAAAUGCAGUUGGUUGGCCUUACUGCACUGUUGCUGGCGUCAAAAUAUGAGGACUUUUGGCAUCCAAGGGUUAGAGAUCUAAUUAGCAUCUCUGCAGAGCCUUACACAAGAGACCAGAUGCUUUUAAUGGAGAAGGCUAUUCUUAAGAAGUUGAAGUUCCGUCUAAAUGCACCCACUGCAUAUGUCUUCAUGCUAAGGUUCCUUAAAGCUGCUCAAUCGGAUGCAAAGCUUGAACAUCUAGCAUUCUACCUUAUCGAGUUGUGUUUGGUCGAGUACGAAGCUCUGAAGUUCAAGCCAUCAUUGCUAUGUGCAUCAGCCAUCUAUCUUGCACGGUUGACACUGCAGACGAUUCCAUCGUGGACCCUAUUGCUCAGCAAAAACACACGCUAUGAAGAAUCCCAAAUCAGGGACUGUGCAGAGAUGAUAUUGAGAUUUCACAAAGCUGCUGGAACAGCAAUGUUGAAAGUCACUUACGAGAAAUACAAGGGGCUUGAUUACAGUGGAGUCACAGCUAUAGAACCUUUGGACAGGCUUCCUCUUUCAACUUAAUGAUACUCUUUUUGUUUUUCGUUUCCUCUACACAAUCAAAACAACUCCCGAAUGAUGAACACACGUUCAUGACUACGCGCUAUGCGACCCAUCUUUAGUGGUCUUACCUCUUCAAUUGCAUUUAAUAUACAUCUGCUGUGAAGGACCCUCCACUCCAAUGUUCAAUCUGACAUUCAAUGUACCUGAAUAACUAUAAGAAGCUUGGAUUUCCAGCUCAUGUUGUCACUUGUAUAAUUAGAAAGUGAAACUUUUUAUCAAUAUAUUAGAUGACAACUGGUGUCUGUAAUUUUAAGAGGAUUACAGGUUUUCAUUUUGUUGUUUAUAGUUUAUGUGCCAUUUGCUCA